AAUAAAGCCGCUCACUAUAAAAUGACACCUCAAAGUUUUUCUUUUUUUUUACAUGUUGCUAUGUACUCUGCUUCUCAGGGUUUUAACGCAGUAUACUCUGGAAUAAAAAAGCGCAGUGAAGGAAGAAAGCAAAUGUUACGUUUAGUGAGAAAGCAUAAAGAAAAGUCUAAAAAGGGCAAGAAGGCUAAAAAAAAUAAGAAGAAAAAACACCAAUCUGAAGAUUCCGAUUCUGAUGUGCUUACAGAUGUAAGUACUAGUGAAAUAAUAAGAAAUACUGAUGAUGAUGAUGAUCAAUUGGGUGUUGAUCAAGAUGUAAUUAUAAAUCGGUCGAUUGCGGAUGCCUCUGGAUCACAAUCACAUGUUGACCAAUAUAUUGAUAUGGACAUCUUAACAGUACAACCUAUUUCUGAACUGGAUGUAAUGCCUCAGCCGCAGCUUGUAAAACAACCAGUUGACAAUUCAUCUAAUUUGACAAAAUCUUCGAAUAAAAAAAAGAAGUCAAAUAAAAAUAUUAUUCAACAAGUUAUUACAG